CACUACACCGGCUGAUGACGUCAGUGCGGUGCGCGGUCUGAGUGUCAGCAUGUUCCCGGGGAGGAAGGUUCCUCUCCUGUGCCGCGCUCUGCUCUCCCGCACACUGCCCCCUGCUGGCGGCGCGGACUCGCUCCUCUCCUGCAGGCUCCGCGCGCUCCCGGCUGUCAGUCACUCCGACUACCCGGGGGGAGGCAGCAGGGAAGAUGUACCAGGGGCCCAGGAGGGAGCACUGGGGGUCCCAGAAUCUGCCAGGGCCAGGCUGCUCAGGAGAGCAUGGGGCAGAUCUCUGUCUCCUCUGGACAGGGUCAGUAGGAUGAUCCCCCCUGAGCUCAUCUCCAAAGAGGUCCAGGAUCUGCGGGGGCCGGAUCUUUCCACUCCAGCAGGGGAGGGGCCCUUGGACCAGGUCGCCCCACCCCCUUCCUCUACCUUCCAUGUGGGACAGGAGGACAUUGGAGCUUCGGCACCUCUUCUGGGCGGAGAGGUCCGGGAUCUGCGGGGGCCGGAACGCUCUAUUCCACCUGGUAAGGGGUCCUUGCACCAGGCCGCCCCACCCCCAUCAUCUCAAGGAAGCCCCUUCCAUGUAGAACCCGAGGACGUUGGAGCUCCAGGACCUCCGAGGCGUAACGAGGUGUCAGGAGGAUUUGAGAAUUUGGCCCCACCACAUGGCGAGGGGGCCACAGAAAAUACCUCUUGGCCCCAUCCCCCGACACCCACCCCAGAGGCAGAUGGUGACCUCUCUCCUCCGCAGGGUGCACCGUUCUGCCCCGGGGACCUCCUGCUGGCGGAGUACCAGAGGAAACACCGUUCCGUCUUCAGGAAGAUGUUCCUCCUGAAACCUCACGGCAAACUCGUCAGUAACUGGGGGGCCAUCGGCAACCAAGACAUAAUGGGCCAACUCCCGGGACAGAGGCUCCUGACUUCUACCGGCCACACACUCCUCCUCAGAAGACCCUCAUUGGAGGAAUAUGUCUGCUUCAUGAGGAGGGGGCCCAAUAUUACCUAUCCAAAGGACAUGGCCGCCAUGAUGAUGGCGAUGGACGUCGGUCCCGGGGACGUUGUGCUGGAAGCCGGUUCUGGUUCCGGGGCCUGCAGCCUGUUUCUAUCUCGUGCCGUGGGCUCAGAAGGCGCCGUGUACAGCUUCGAAGUGCGCGCCGACCACCACGACGUGGCAAAGAGGAACUUUUCCAAUUGGAGGAAGGCGUGGCAGAUUCGCAGCGGCGGUCGGACGUGGCCGGAUAACGUGCGUUUCAUCAACAAGAGCGUGACCGACGCCUUUCCCGACAUUCAAUCCGUGGCCUUCGAUGCUGCUGCACUGGACAUGUUGAACCCACAAGUGGCUCUUCCAGUAAUAACGAGGAACCUCAAGCCGGGAGCCGUGUGCGCCGUGUACAUCGCUAACAUCACGCAGGUGAUUGACCUCCUGGAGGGGAUUCGGUGCUGCAAGCUUCCCCUGGUGUGUGAAAAGAUUGUAGAGGUCGGUGUCACAGACUGGCUGGUGGCGCCAUCUGUACGCAAAGACGGCAAAAUUUCCAAGAGGGUGGAUCCUCAAACACCGGAACAGCUUCAUCGAGAGGAAGAAGAGGAGGACGAUGAUGAAACAGAUGGGGGCGAUGAAGGCCCAGCAGGAUCGGAGGCAUUUGGACAAGUGCCUUAUAUCGCUCGACCUCUCCCCUGGCAAACCGGACACACAGCCUUUCUCGCGCACCUGAGGAAAUUCAUUCCGACACCCCCAACAGAUCCGGAAGAUUCCAGCUGAUGCGGAGGACUUUGUUAUGUAUAUUCGUAUUAUUAUUAUUAUUUUUUUACAAUAUGCAGCGACCCAAAUAAAUAUGUGACUUGUACUUUG